CUCGACAGCACGAUGCAAUGCCCCGCCUUGACUCGCGCGCCACAGACAGCGAUCACAUGCUUUGACGACCUCGUUCUCUUUCUUGAGCCCGACCAUGAACCCAGCAGCCAUCCCCUCGAUCGACCCCCCUUUCCUGCACUUCAGCACGCCAUCCAUGGUUACCAAGACCACUUUCACGCCGAUUUCUAUACCACAUUGUGGCCACGGAUUCUGGAAUGGGCAUGGACUGUUCCAGGCACCUAUGCUCCCACAGGUCUGAGUUUUACCUCGCCGCAAGUGUCAUCGUGUGGCACAUACACCUCCGCAAAAUGCAACUACGACACGGAUGUGGCGCGGUACAUUCUGGCCAACAUGUUUGUCCUCAACAAGCCUCAGCCCGCCCCAGAAUGCGGCAAUUUGGACCUGUACCGGCUGAUGAAUUCCCAAGCGCGGUGUCGCGAAGAGGACGUGGGGGCUGCGCGACUGGAGUGUCUCCUGGCGUACUUCCACACAAUUGCCGAGGAAGAACAAGGUCGAACCAUCACGAUCGAGCGGCGUCAGUGGCUAGGGCAGGCCCAUGAACUCGAUGCGUCGGGCCAUACAUUAGCUGGUGUCAACUUGAUGGAAACGUCGAUGGAAUCGGCGGCUGACGCCACACGGUUCGUGAACUUUGCCAACCAGGACCUGCACAUCCACCGAAUCAUCCCGUCCGGGACCCAAGAAGAAGUGCUGUUUUCGUGUGCGCCGGAAGCCUUUGUGGCCAUUGGACUGUGCCCCCGCAUGACGUCAGACCAAGUCAUUAUGAUCCGAAACGUGCGGCGAUUUGUCGAGUACACGGGGUACUUGUCCUCGUUCAAGUUCCUUCGCCUCGUCGGUACUCGUCGGGUGUUUGACAUCUUGUCGAUCGAUGCAGUGACCAGAAGCCACUAUACAGUGGCAUCUGUCGACCGCGACGUCCGGAAAGCGACGUUGGCCAUGCUGCCGACAGACGAGAAACACGGACGGGGGGGGGUCGUGACGGGACAUUGGGGCUGCGGCGUCUUUGGUGGCAACAAAACCCACAAGUUCAUCCAGCAAUGGGUCGCUGCCUCGCGAGCGAAUGUCCCCAUGCUGCACUACUCGGUGUUUGGGGAUGUCCAGCUCAUGAAUUUUCUGCGACAGGUUGAGGCGGCCAUUCGCGCUCGAGAAUGGACGAUCGAUGACGUGGCAACGCGGCUGCUCUCAAAUUACUCGGCCAUGUGCGCGGCGGCCGAUAAGGCCAAGGCAGACGGAUACAUUUGGACGCUGCUGUCAACCAUGUCAACGCCAAGCCGAAAGGUUUCGUACGAGGAGUUUAUCGCUACCGAAUUUGGCCUGGAGGCCGUGGGUUGUAGUAACCUGCUUUUGUGGUAAUAAUGUUUUUAACAAUGACGAUCGUCCGUUUGUAUUUCCGCACGGG